UGUUGACAAACAAAAACGCCGGUUAGAGGCAGAAGUAAUUAAAGGGCGAAUUAUUUCAUUGUCAAGGUGAAUGAAACCCCACAUUCUAUUCAUCCUCGCCUCUCUUGUCCUCUGGUUAAGUAUCCUGGAGUAUUUGCGGAUGUCCUCUCGCCGUUGUUACUCUCGGAGAGGACGUGUUUGCGUGAAGAUAAGUCAAUAAACCCUCCAUUUUACUCGCUCGAGGUUAAUUUAAUGUGACAGGUCCCAUUUUAGCGGUUAUUGAAACGUUUUAAUCGUUUUUUAUAACCGAUCAGUGAUGAGACGACUGCAAGAAAUGAAGGACAAAAGCGAUUUAUUCGAUUCAAAAUCCAGUGAAAAGGAAAAUCAGUCUGAGAGGGAUGAGAAGCCCUGCUGUGAUGAAUUUAAAAAGCCGUGGGCGAAGAGGAAGGUUGGUUCAUUAGUGAUUGAAGGGAAGGCUCAUCGACUUUAUUGGGGUAGCAACGCCAUAGGACGAACCCAUCACAACUCUAUUCAACUGCAGUCGAUGAAAGUGUCAAAGAGGCAAGCUGUUAUCGUUGCGACAGACAACAAAAUGCUGAUCUGGCCUAUCAGUAGAAAGUCCCCCACUUGUGUCAACUCGAUAGUUUUGCCUCGAAAGAAAUGGUGCAGAAUUUACGAUUUGUUCACGGUCUCAUUCGGUGACGUUAAGGGGUACGUCAGGAAUGAGAAGAAUCGAAUUGCGAGGAAGAAUUAUAUGCGUAAGAAGAAAGAAGAAAAGCCCGCGGCGACUUGAGUUUGAUCUCAUUUUUCCUCGCGCAGUUUUUGAAAAAAUCACGUUGGAAUCCGGUUUCCGCGGGAGAACUGAAAUUAUGGAGAUUAACUUACUAAGUCAUUGAAUAACUGCAAAAUUUAGUUUAGUUUUUUGUAUUUGUUUAUUAUUUAUAAGAUUUAUUCCUCAAGUGCAAGAAGAGGUGAGAAGCUCUCGAUUAAGAUCUUGGAAGUUUCACGCACGAAAAAAGUUGAUAGAAAAACCUAGCGAAUUCGGUAG